AUGCUCCGGCGCGUUCGAGGAAUCUUUGCCUCGACCGUUGGGCCUCGUCGAGGUCCAGUGGGAGGUGUCGUCGACACCAACCACCUGGACAUCGUGCAGCAGGAAGAGGUGUUUGCCCGUGCCGCGGGCAUGUGCGAGGGUGAUAUUGCUCCGGGACAGCUCCAUCACCCAUCGUUGCUGACCAGGGCCGGUGCAACCCUCGGAUUGGACGUUGAGGAGCCCCAGCAGCCCUCCCUCGAACAAAGCCGUGUCGCUUCCAUUGAGGCUGAGGUUGUGCGGCUCCCUCCCCCCAUCCUCUCUCUUCGCCGCGAUCGUGCUGUGGCCUCACCUUACCCUUGCUCUCUUCCUUGGUUUUGGUCUGCUGCAACUAUCAGCACCACCUCUACCGACAACCGCUCCUCGGGCUGUACCGGCCCUCCUCAUACUCCUCAGCCUGCGCAGUCAUCGCGCCCGGAUUCUCCCUCCCCUCGCCCGUCCGACCCUCUUUCUUUCUCUUUCUUGAACAGUUCUCCCGAUAUGAUCAUGGAUCUGGGCCAUGAUCAAUCGGAGGCUGUUGUCAAGCCUGCUCCCUCGCCGAGCCCUUCCCGGCGGGUAUCAAAACACCCGUCUCCCGAUGACAACGAGGACGAGGAAGUCAAGCCCGCUUUCAAGCGGAGCAAGACCGAGGAAGACAAGAACGGCGAGAGUCCCGUUCUGUCUGCUGUCAUCACCGAGAUGAUGCAACACAAGCGAAAGUCACCAGAGAGUGACAAGGACGAGAGUGAGGAUUCCUCUCGUCCUUCCAAGCGGGUCAAGAGCAGCACGGCUGAAGAGAAACCCACCGAAGAACCCCAUACUCCCCGCCUCAAGCCCUCGUUGCAGCCCCGGGAAGACAUUAGCAGCCUUCAGUCGACGCCUUACUCCAAGAGGAAGCGCAAAUCCCCACACACCCCCGACAGCGACGAAGAAUACGUCGCCUCCUCGGAACAAGAAACUCUCACACCCCCUCGCAAGAAGGCCCGAAAGUCCAAGGGACAAGACGACGGACUGGUCACCUUCCACGAUGCCGGAGCCGAUGCCAGUGAAGAUGGAGAUGUGGUGAUUCCGCAAGCAGAGCGGAACGAGCUGGUGUACGAGCUCACUCGCGAGAAGGCCCAGCGUCUAGCCGAGGCCGUGCAAAUUCCUGAAGACACCCACCUGGGACGCGAGGAACGAGACCUCUUCCUCAACAUGGCCACGCGCGGCUGCAAGCCGCUGAUCCCCGGCCACUGGCGAAAGGACUUCCCCACGCUGCCGGUCUCGCUCUUUACCACCGACGGCGACAAGAACAACUGCCAGAACGCAGAUCAAGAUCUGCUGUUCGAGGCGCACAAAAACUCCGACUUCUCGGCUCUCCGAGCCCUACAAGACUUCCUGAAGAUCAGCGGCCACGUGCGUGACUGCCAGCUGCUGGAGAUCCAGCCCGAAAUGGUCAUCCAAAAGGCCAUCAACAAGUACCUGCGCUGGGCCAUCAACGACGCCGACCUCAAAACCGGUCCCGCCACGAGCCCCCUGCACGCCGUGUACACGCAACAAAAGGACGAGACCACGCUCGCAGCCGUCUCCAAGCUUGCCCGGAAGCUGGAGCGGCUGGCCAAGCGCCACCUGGCAUCGCUGGGUGGCCCCCGUGCCAACAAUUAUUGGCCGAUGCUGGUCGGGUUCCUUGCCUGUGGGCCUAUUGUUGCCAUCAUUUCCCUUGACACCAAUCCGAAGUCCAAGGUCUGGGUGGAGAAUCUGGAGGUCAAGGUGAAUUACCUGGGCCAGUUUGAUGUCUCCGAGGAGGAACAGGAUGUGUGGAACUCUUUUGCUGUGGCUAUCUCUGUCCUUCAUGUCAGGAAAUGUAUGGCCCAGCUGGUGGCUUCUGAUCUGGCCCCUUCUGCUCCCAGGUUCCGUGGUCUGAAUGAGGAGACCGACGAUGAGGACCUUUGA